AUGCUACGUGCUGCUCGCUUGCGCUUUUCUUGGAGGCCUGCGGCCAUUCAGCAUCUUCCAGAUGUGGCCCCCGAGAGCACUCCCAAGAGAGUAGAGGAGGUGCAGCGACAGUAUCGUCCCUUGUCCCUCAAGGCUCGGCAGGCUCUGGCGGAAAAGUCAGACGAGGUGCAGUAUCACGUUAUCACUCAGGAGUGGUUUGGCCAGCGCGUCGACAGCUUCCUUUCCCAACAUCACCCGGAGUGGGACUAUGAAACCACAAAAAAACUUGUGCAGCAGGGCCAUAUCUACCGGUAUAGGAAAAACGGGAAAAAGAGGUACACACGCCUUACAGACAGGCUGGAGUUUGACGAGCUGCUUGUCGUGCCCACACACGCUUUUUGGGAAAAUCAACUCGCUCCUCCCAGUGGUGUUAUCCCAGAUGAUAAGGGGCGACCGCAGUUGAAGUUAUCAUCGCAGGUGCGAGAGAUGGCGCAUGACAUGGUGCUCUACAAGAAUGAGCACGUCAUUGUUAUCAACAAGCCACAUGGUCUUCCCAUGAUGCCGACAAGCAAUCCACAGGAAAUGAGUAUAACUGCUAUGCUCCCCGCUUGGAAGUAUACGAACACAGUGAAACCCAUUGUCUGUCAUAACCUUGACAAGGAGACGAGUGGUUGCGUUGUGUUGGCCCGAACCAAGAAUGCGCAUCGCAUGCUGGGCAGAAUGUUCGUCAAGCGUGUGGUGCCCAACAGUGUGUAUUGGGGGUUCUGUGUGGGCAAGCCUGCCGUGAACUUUGGAAGGAUGCGCAUGCACUUUGAUAUCACAAGGGGUAGCCAGGGAGAUAUCAUUGUUGCACGCCCUUCACCAACGAAGACGUCUAAGGUUGGUAUUGCUGAGUUCGUCGUUAAUGCGAGCGCGUUGGAGUUUGGGAGCUUCAUUUCCUUCUAUCCGUUAACUACUCGCCGCCACCAGGAACGCAUUAUGGCGGCGCACGCGCUCCGUUGUCCCCUCUUGGGUGAUGCCAAGUACGGUGGAGAAGCGGCAUUUCCCUCAUCGCUGUCGCUCUUCUGGGAUCCGGAAGACAAGGGACUGCCGCUACACCUGCACCACCGAAAGAUCCAGCUUCCAUACAAGAACGGAGCGGGCGAGUUUGUUUGUGUCACGGCCCCACUUCCCGCCCACAUGGAGAAAACGUUUAAGAAGCUGGGGUGGCCGUGUGAAGUAGAUGAUCCGCUCAUACCCGGUUGA